AUGUUACGAAAUGUGAGUCAAUGUCUGUCAAAGACAUUGGGAAGACAUCACUCGCGACACCGAUGUCUGACCGCAGCGACGGUUCCAACAGUUCCCCACUUAGUGGCCUAUUCUUCGACAUAUACAUCGCUGAAUAAAUCGCAUGAAAUACCGGAGAGUCUGCUAUAUGUGGAGGAAUCAGCUGAUCCGUCGUUCUUUCAUAUGGUUGAGUACUUCUACCACAAGGGAUGGCAAGUGGUUGAAGACAAACUCGUGGAGGAGUUUAAGGGGAAACUCACUCCCGAGGAGAAGCGCAAGAAAGUGAGGGGUUAUCUGUCGAUCUUAGGGCCGUGUCAUUGUGUCCUCGAAGUCUCCUAUCCUCUCAAGAGAGACAACGGAGAGUAUGUGAUAAUCAACGGCUGGAGAGCACAACACAGUCACCACAGACUUCCCACCAAAGGAGGCAUUCGUUUCAGUACUGAUGUCUGUUUGGAUGAAGUGAAGGCAUUGUCAGCUCUGAUGACAUUCAAGUGCGCUGUAGUGGACGUGCCCUUCGGUGGUGCGAAGGCUGGACUGAAAAUAGAUCCGAAAGCGUUCAGUGAUCACGAGUUGGAGAAAAUCACCCGAAGUUUUGCGCUCCAGUUGUCCAAAAAAGGAUUCUUAGGGCCGGGUAUUGAUGUGCCGGCGCCUGACAUGGGAACGAGUGAGCGGGAGAUGAGUUGGAUUGCGGACACAUACGCCCAGACCAUCGGACACACAGACCUCAACGCUCACGCGUGCAUAACCGGGAAGCCGAUUAAUCAGGGAGGCAUACACGGCCGGGUCUCCGCCACCGGACGGGGUGUUUUCCACGGAAUCGAUAACUUCAUAAACGAGGCCUCGUUUAUGUCAAUGAUUGGCGUCACUCCCGGUUGGGGUGGAAAGACAUUCAUCGUUCAGGGCUUUGGUAACGUAGGCCUCCACUCCAUGCGCUACUUGGAUAGAGCGGGCGCUCGAUGUAUCGGUAUCGUUGAGAGGGACGGCAGUAUUUUCAACCACAAUGGCAUCGAUCCCAAGGAGUUGGAGGAAUGGAAGCUGAAUAACAACGGCUCGAUUGUAGGCUUUCCUAACUCCCAGCCCUAUGAGGGCGAGAAUCUAAUGUACGAGAAGUGCGAUAUUCUGGUGCCGGCGGCCACUGAAAAGGUCAUCACCAAAGAUAACGCACACAAACUUCAGUGCAAAAUCAUAGCGGAGGCGGCCAACGGUCCGACCACACCGGCAGCCGAUAAGAUACUUAUUGGACGUAAUAUUCUUAUUAUACCCGACCUAUACAUCAACGCUGGAGGUGUGACCGUCUCAUACUUUGAAUGGCUUAAGAAUCUCAAUCAUGUCAGUUAUGGCCGAUUGCUAUUCAAAUAUGAACGCGACUCCAAUUACCACUUAUUAGAGAGCGUUCAGGAAUCUCUUGAGAAGCGAUUUGGCAAAGCGGGCGGACGUAUACCUAUAGUUCCGAGUGAGUCCUUCCAGAAGAAGAUAUCGGGCGCUUCCGAGAAGGAUAUCGUCCACUCCGGUCUCGACUAUACAAUGGAACGGUCGGCGCGGCAAAUCAUGAGAACAGCAAUGAAAUAUAAUUUAGGUCUGGACUUAAGGACAGCCGCUUAUGUGAACUCAAUCGAGAAGAUAUACAACACGUACAAAGAGGCCGGCCUUACUAUUACUGGAAGGGAGGAAAGGGAUGUCUAUUAUUGCGAUGAUAACAACAACUCAAUCGGUGGUGACUGGGAAGCGAUGGCGAGGGGACAGCAGAAGAUUCAGUCGCAACAGAAGGCGGGGAAGAAGGCGGCGNUGCGGUCAGACAUCGGUGUCGCGACAUUUGUGGUGACAAUAGAUGGCGACUACUCAUCCGCAGUGAAAAGGGAUCGGCUUUUGGUGACGGUUUGCAAACAAACUGUCAGUCAGUGGCGUAACCGCACUGUCCUUAUCACUGUCAGUUGCAGAUUAUGGCCCAAACAUCACCGAAGGGAACCGAUGGCCAAGGAGUGCGCGUUUGGUGUGACGGAUGGUAUGUAUGAUCUGUUUGUUUCCGAUUAUACGCCCAAAGAAUCAGCUCUUGUGGGAAGUGCUCUGAGAGUUGGGGGUAAGGGAUGGGGUUUGUUGCCUACCAUUGAUGACAAUUGUCUUACACACGUGUCGUACGGCACCGGCAGCUACGAUAUGGUGCACUUCGGACACGCGAAUCAGUUAAGACAGGCGAAGGCUAUGGGCGACCGACUGAUAGUAGGCGUCCACUCGGAUGAGGAGAUCGCCAAACAUAAGGGUCCGCCCGUCUUCAACGAGGAGGAGAGAUAUAAAAUGGUUUCUGCCAUCAAAUGGGUCGAUGAGGUGGUCAGAGACGCCCCUUAUAUCACGACAUUGGAUACGUUGGAUCAAUACAAGUGCGACUUCUGUGUCCACGGGAACGACAUCACACUCGACGCCGACGGACACGACACCUACCGAUACGUCAAAGAGAACGGUCGGUACAGAGAGUGUCAGCGCACGGAAGGCGUGUCGACCACCGAUUUGGUCGGAAGAAUGCUUUUGUUGACGAAAACGCAUCACCGAAGAAGUGGUCCCAUCGAAGACCUGCCCGAUAGGGAGCACACGGCCAACAUAAGCCGCGACUCGACGGCGCACAGCCCCUGGACGGGGAUCUCGCAGUUCCUGCCGACCACUCAGAAGAUCAUUCAGUUUGCGGAGGGAAAGGAACCCAAACCUAAUGACCGCAUCGUUUACGUCGCCGGAGCUUUCGAUCUGUUCCAUGUCGGACACAUAGACUUCUUGGAGAAGGCCCGCAAAGAAGGCGAUUAUCUAAUCGUCGGUUUACACACGGAUUUAGUGGUGAACAGAUACCGGAGCUAUAACUACCCGAUUAUGAAUCUACACGAACGAGUGCUAUCAGUGCUCGCAUGUAAGUACGUGAAUGAAGUGGUGAUCGGCGCCCCUUAUAGUGUUACCAAGGAGUUAAUGAAUCACUUCAAAGUGGAUGUCGUAGUCCACGGCCACACAGACAUACAUCCCGACGCCGAUGGCACCGAUCCAUACACUGAACCGAAACGUUUGGGGAAAUUCAAAGCGAUUGAAAGUGGGAACCAAUUGACUACUUUUGAUAUCGUCGACAGAAUUAUAGCCAAUUCUAUGCAAUUCAGACUCAGGAAUAAGAAUAAGGAGAAGCGAGAGAUUGAAGUGAUUCAGAGACUCAACGAACUUAACGGAGUCGACAGUAAUUGCGGUAAACAUUAAGUCAUUUAUUGAGUCAAGUGUUUGGUGUUUGUAUAGUCAUUGCGUUCGGGGCACGGCGUUAAUUAGAGAUUAAUUUUUUUAUUCAAAUAUAUUUUUAUUAUAUUGUCCAGUUAAUUUGUUUUAUAAUCGUUAGAAAAUGUUACCGGUACGGUACAUUUAUAUUCAUUUUAUGUAACUUUUAUUAAUUUUAACCAAAG